AUGGCGGCCGUUGGCACUCCGCCGUCAUCCGCCUCGCCUUCGUCCGGUAGUCCCGCCCGUCGGAAGCCCGUUCCUCUGCAUAAUCUUUCGCCCAUCGAGCGCUAUGACUGGGGGGAAGCCGUGAAGCCGCUGCCCGGCGUUCCUCCAUCCGAGGCCCCGAGGUUACGACAGUCGCCUGUGUCACCUGUCAAGGUCAAUUUCCAGACAGAAGAUUGGGCCCGCCCAUCAACCGGGAACAUCGAGACACACGUCCCGCACACGGGACCCGCCGCCGCCCCCGUCCUCGACCGUGCUCUGCCCAAAACCCCCGAUGCCCCGACGCCUCCGCCGCACACCCCUCUACAGCAACCUGAGCACGGCAAUGGGCAAAGCUGGGUACCCGAUGCGUUGGGCUUACGGUCCGAUUCGAAUGGCACAGAAAAGCCUCAGUCAUCGCCGGCGUUGAGCCCAGUGGAUCAGACACAGGUUGUCAAACCCCUGAGUUCAAAGAUCAGCGAGUUAAACAUGGACAACGAGUUUAGAACGAAAGGGGCGAAUCGCAAUAGCGGGGACUCGGACACGACUGCGAGCACGACACAGCCGCGGACGUCGGCCAAAUCCUCGGCCACGACGAGCGCCAGCUCCGUGUCGGGAAUCCUAGACUGUUCCGACAACCAAGACAACUCGGCAGACGCAUCGGCUGAGGGCUCGGUCAUUGACGAUGGCGCAGUGCAAACCGAACCAGUGCCCCAGCUUCAGUACCACCACUCGGCCUUCCUUCCAAGGCCGGCGAGCAUGGCGGUGCAGCAAGACCCGAGGGCCCAAUCAAAUCCCAAUCUGGUGGAAACGGCUGCUAGUAUAAACCGCCAUCUCACUCCCACAACCAACUAUGUGAAACGGAACUCGUUCCCGCGGCCUCAGUCGGCCUACUCGGUGUAUUCAGAUUUUGGCGCGAGGGGGCGCUCGCCUGCCCUGUUAGGGGGUUCCCAGAACCGCGCUCCCUCUGCUCAUUCUAGGAAAUCCCCCGAGACACGGCCCUCGUCGUUCGCGGAGCUCCUCAAUGUCCCAUACCCGCAACCGGCUCCAGCGCCCAUCACCUUCGACAACUCUCAACUGCGUUCCGCUGUGGGCAACAAUGCGUCUCUACUUAGCGCCCAGAAAACGCUCGAGAUGUAUCGGCAAAACGUCAAAAAGACAAAUGACUACCCCACUCUCUACUCCUUUGCCGUGUUCCUCAUCGCUACGGCACAGGAGCAGGGCCUCGAUUAUCAGGACCCCAAGAGGAGCAAGAGCCCCAAUACGAGGCAAGGUCAGGACGGCGCAGCUGGAGAGGCAGUCGCAUCUUCCCCCUACGAUUUGGUGCGGGAGGCGCGCGCUAUUCUGCAGAAAUUGUCUAAUAGCGGCUAUCCCUUUGCGCAGUACUACCUUGCCGACGGCUACGCCUCUGGCCUCUUCAGCAAGGGCAAGGAGGACUACAACCAGGCGUUUCCGCUGUUCGUUCUUGCCGCCAAGCACGGCCACGCCGAGUCCGGAUACCGUACCGCGCUGUGCUACGAGUUCGGCUGGGGUUGUCGCAAGGACCCUGCCAAGGCCGUGCAAUUCCUUCGCAUGGCGGCUUCCAAGAGACACCCCGGCGCGAUGACGAGGCUGGGAAAGGCCUGCCUGUCGGGCGACUUGGGCGAGAAACGGUACCGAGAGGGCAUUAAGUGGCUCAAGCUGGCAACGGAAGCGGCUGACACCAUCUACAAUGCGGCUCCGUAUGCCCUUGGGUGUCUGUACGAAACGGGAUACGGCGACGACAUCUUCCAGGACGAGAGCUACGCGGCCGAGUUGUUCACCCAGGCUGCCGACUUGGGACACCCCGAGGCCAACUUCAGGAUGGGCGAUGCCUACGAGCACGGCAAGCUCAACUGUCCGAGAGACCCGGCCUUGAGCGUACAUUUCUACACUGGCGCUGCGGAGCGCGGCCACCCCGGGGCCAUGAUGGGGCUUUGUGCUUGGUACAUGGUUGGAGCGGAGCCUGUGCUGGAAAAGGACGAGGAGGAGGCCUAUGAGUGGGCGCGGAGGGCGGCCGAGCUGGGCAACAUCAAAGCGCAAUACGCCGUCGGCUACUUCACCGAAAUGGGCAUCGGCUGCCGGCGCGACAUACUUGAAGCUAAUGUCUGGUAUGUCAAGGCGGCCGAUGCCGGCGAUGAGCGGGCGAAACAGCGCCUUGCAGCCAUCCGCGCGGCUGUCAGCGGGGGCACCCCGAUGGAAGUUGCCCCGCCCCGAAAUGCCAAGAUCAAGAAGCACGGCGAGAAGGACGAUAAGGAGUGUAUAGUCAUGUGA